AUGCUCUGGCUGCAGUUCGGAGGCCUUCAAUCCGAAAUUUCGUACAACCAUUUCUGGCGCCGAUUCCGGGAAGCCUGGGCAAAUGUGUUGCGAUUCACCCCCGAGUCCAGCCACGCAGGCUGCAGUGAAUGCUUGAAAUUCAAAGAAGAGCUCUCGGGAUCUUUUGAUCUCCAAAGCAGGUUCGAGGUCGCCAAAAUGUAUCGGGAGCACCUGACUAGCGUCGCCAAAGACCGAGAGUUGGAAGAAUACUUUCAGGACUGA